UUUAUAUCAGCAUUGAGAUCAAGCACCCUGAAAAUAAUCGAUCUUAGCAGACCGAUUCCUCAGAGUAAUAAUUAUUUAGACAGCGAAUAUUUUGCUAGAAUUAUUGGUUCAAUGCUCAAAAUCAACACAAGUUUAACAGAAUUACAUCUACAGAAAUAUAAUUUCUCGUGUCAUGACAUUGAAUUAAUGCUAAUUGAUGCUCAAUUCAACAAAACUUUACAGUUAAUUGAUCUAGGGUGCAACAAUAUUGGCGAUCAUGGGCUCGAAUCGAUUUGCAAUUGGAUUCGUGGGAAACCAGCACUUUCUGGGCUAAUACUUUCUCAUAAUAUUAUUACAGACAUAGGAGCUAGAGCUCUUAGCUUUGUUUUACCUUUUUCAAGGAUCAUCUUAUUAGACGUUUCUUAUAACAAAAUAAAAGAUAAUGGGAUUAGAGACAUUUUAAAUAUAAUUAAUGAGAGUACUUCUAUCAGAUAUUUAAGAAUAUAUGGCAAUACAAUAUCAUCUUCAGCAGAAAUUAUUGAAAGAAUCUUAAAGUCUGGAGUAUUGGAGCUAGAUAAUCUCGACGUAAAACCUUACAAAGUUGACGGUAAAUUUUACGCAGCUCAUUAUCCAGCUGACCAUUACAAACAAAGAUAUUACAAUGUUUCUCAGUCAAAUUUAUACUCUCAAAACCCAACAAUUUUUGCGUACGUCGACGCGCCGGCAAUUAAGCCGAAACAAACUCAUGAAGCUCUGAAUUGUGGUCAAGAAUUGAUUGAAUACCGUAAAGGUUCUAAAGAGUCUAGUAACAGUGAUGAUUCUUCAGAGAGUUUGGAAUCUCAAUCUGAGAACAAUUAUUGCUACUGUGCAUCGGAGGAUAAGUCAUUGAGUGAAUCGUCAACUGAUUGGUACAAAGUUAAAGACAGUAGAAUGCAAAAAGUCAUGCUGAUUUUAGAUAAAGUGGAUUAUGAUCUGAGAAAUUAUAUUUUAAGCCGGAUGAAUACUGAUAUUCAACUAGAACAAGCUAUUGAUUAUUUGAAUAAAGAUAAUUGA